CUCAGAAAAUCCAUCCUUAUCCUAGUCAUUGAUACUAGUUUUUUCUUCUUCUUCUUCUUCUUCUUCUUCAUCCUCCACCUCCACGGCAGUUCUCUCUCUCCCCUAUCAUCUAUUCAUGUCGUCGAUAUCUAGGCCAACUUUCCCUUCCCCAUCAUCAACUCGCUCUGAUCCAAGCCCUCACAAAUUCACCACCUUUACAAACCCUAAAUUCCCCUCAUGUGUCAACCGAUCAUCGCCAUCAAACCUCCAUUCUCACACUUUAUCCAGCUCUACCUCUCAUUCUCUCUCUAGGGUUUCUGAUUCCAACCUCUGUCGCUGCCACAACUCGAACAACAACAACGACAACAGACCAUCGCCAUCUGAGAAUUCGUCCUGGCGAUGGGACGCUGCGAUUCAAGAACUAACGGGAAAUGUGACUAAGUGGUUCGAUCAUUACAUGAUUUCGAGGAAGGAGAUUUCGAGGAGUGUUGGUGUUGUGGAGAGUGGAAGUGAGGUGGAUAGUGAUGAUGAUGUAGAGUGGGAUUGGGAGCGGUGGAGGAAGCAUUUUAGCGAGGUUGAUGAGCAGGAGCGCAUUGUUUCGAUUUUGAAGUCGCAGUUAGCUGAUGCUACUAAAAGAGAAGAUUAUGUUGAUUCUGCUAGGCUUAAGGUGGCAAUUGCAGCUGCAGCUACGAAUGACACAGUUGGCAGAGUGAUGUCUCAUCUGAAUAGAGCCAUUGAGGAAGAGCGUUAUCAAGAUGCAGCUUUUGUACGAGAUUCUGCUGGUACUGGUUUGGUGGGAUGGUGGGCUGGAAUUUCAGAAGAUAUUACCGAUCCAUAUGGUCGCAUCAUUCAUAUAAGUGCCGAGCAUGGAAGAUACGUGGCAAGAACUUAUAGUCCCCGGCAGCUUGCCACAGACACAGCUGGUGCACCCCUGUUUGAGAUAUUCCUUACAAUGAAUAAGAAAGGCGAAUAUAAACAGCAGGCUGUGUACUUAAAGCGUAAAAGAGUAACUCAAGAUUUACCGGUUGCUUCCUCCAUGGCAUCCUUCCCUACCAGUUACUUGAACUCCCUAGACCCAACUGACGACAGAAGUGAUCUGUUUCCAAAAAGCACUGAAGCUAUGGAAGAUGGUGAAGACAGGGAUGAUGAUCCAGAUUUAGUUGAGGGAUUGUCUGGUUUUGAGAAUAUCUUGCGAGAUAUGAUUCCUGGUGUGAGGGUCAAAGUUUUGAAGGUGACAACACCAGGGAAGGUAGAUCGGGAUCUAAUAUCUAAGGUGAUUGAUCAAAUGAUGGAGGAAGAAGAUGAAGACAAGGACACUGAAAUUGAAAGCAUAGAUGUGGAAGAUAGGUCUAAAGAUGAGAGCGACGAAGAGCAAGACGAGAUUGACGCCAAUGCCGAUAGAGGAAUUCUCGAUGGUGAAGAGCAACAGCAAAUUGCAGUUAAGGUUGUUGUUGGUGGUCUUGGACAGAGAAUUUCUAGCAGUACACCACAUAAAUAUUUACUUCGAGUACCAGCUAGGCUAGAGAAAAAGGGCCGAUUGUCAUUUUCUUUUUCUAUAGAGGAAGAUGACAAUCAACAUGUUCCCGGUGGCAAUGGACAGUCUCCAGUGAAUAAAAAGUCGAAGCUCCCAGGGCAACGUAGCAUAGACAACGUUAUGUUAGAUCUUACAAAGUUCAUUGGCAAGGGGAGGAUACCCAUGAAGGUACUGAAAGAUGUUGGUGAAUUGAUAAAUCUUACCCUCAGUCAGGCUCAAAAUCGUCAACCACUGUCUGGAUCAACAACAUUCAACCGUAUUGAGAUUCCAGAAUCUCCAGAUCCAUUAAAUGGACUAUAUAUUGGUGCACAUGGGCUUUAUACUUCGGAAGUCAUCCAUCUACGACACAAAUUUGGCCAGUGGCAAGAGGGUAGUAGCACAAAGGAGUAUUCAGAUCUUGAGUUUUAUGAGUACGUGGAAGCUGUGAAAAUAACAGGGGACCCUUAUGUGCCAGCCGGCCAGGUGGCAUUCCGUGCUAAAGUUGGAAAAAGAUAUCAGCUUCCUCAUAAAGGAAUCAUUCCAGAAGAAUUUGGAGUGAUUGCUCGAUAUAGAGGACAAGGCAGGCUUGCUGAGCCAGGGUUUCAAAAUCCUCGAUGGGUUGAUGGGGAACUAGUUAUUUUGGAUGGAAAGUACAUUAAAGGGGGGCCUGUUGUUGGGUUUGUGUAUUGGGCUCCUGAGUAUCAUUUCUUGGUGUUCUUCAAUCGGCUGAGGCUUCAACAGUAGAUGCUCCAUGUACAGGAAGUUUGACCUUCGUUAUCCUUUGGCCAGAUUUCAUAGGAUGACAUUUGUUGCCCAUGUCCACCAGACAAUCAUUUUAUGGGAAGGUGGUCUCGCUGUAGAGCAGCAGAUGAGAGGCCAGGAGAUGUCAAACUUCACAUCUUGUGCUCACACGAUGGACACGUAAUUAUAAGCAUCUUGAAGCAGUAGGAUAAGAAAACAACUACAAAAGUUUUGAGGUGGGGUUAAUUUUUGGGUGCAAUUACAAAGUUUUGUGAUCUAGUGAAUUUUUACGUUUCAGCACUUUUCUAGGGGAUCCAAUUGUCCAUCAAUGUAUGUAUAUCCGCAGCUAUACUAGUCAAAUCGCUGACAAGGAAAUUCUUACCUAAACUGAUGUGAUUAGUGAAGCUUUUAUCAUGUAAUUUCUUUCAUCUCUACUUAUUGAUGCCAACUUAAGUGAAGAUUGAAACAGCAUAACUGAUAUAUGUUGUCUUUAAGCCCAUUUUGACAGACCUUGUACCGUUGAUAUGCUUGCUGCUGCUCAUAAAAAUAUAUGCUUGUUGCUGCUCAUAAAAAUAUAUGCUUGUUGCU